GAUUUGCAUGUUUGUAUGAUUUGUAUGUGUGGCGGGCUAGCGUCUCGCUUUCUCGCUAAUACUUCUAUCUGUAUUAUGAAGUUUGAAUAUGGCUUGUAAAAAUCUUUUUUUUUGUAACUCUGAAAUAAUGAUGUAUUUUUCCGGUUGGUAAAAUAAAUAUCAAAUUUUAAAGCUGCUAUAUAGAAGGUCAAGUAUCAAAUACUAUUUUAAACUAUCGUCAGUAAAUUACCAUUUAAUUCGAAUAAAAAUAUUUAAUUCGAUUUAAAACGAACAAUAUAAUUAGUUACAGGUAUGAUGAAAAGCGUAGUCCAGCGAAUAUCACGAAGCAUUAUGUGCCAAUUACAUCAUUUAAAAAUAAAGAAGCUCUGGCGAAAUUAAUGAAUGAUUUGAAAAAUACUCAUGACAGCCGUGGAAAUUACAAAUAUGCAACCAUUUUAAAUCAAGGGGAUUCAAUCAUAUCAAAAGAUUCAAAGCCAAAAACGGAAUUCAAGAAAAAAGAAGUUUUGUCUAAAGUAGUGAUGGACGCGGUGAAAAACGUUCAAAACAAGCUAGCAGGUAAAAGGUUUACCAGGACGAGAGUAGCUGUUACUGAAGAAGAAUCACCCGAAAUAAAGUCAAGUAAUAAGGAUGCACUGUCUAAAGUAGUGAUGGACGCGGUCAAAAACGUUCAAAACAAGCUAGCAGGUAAAAGGUUUGCUAGAACGAAAGUAGCUGUUACUGAAGAAGAAUCACCCGAAAUAAAGGCAGGUCAAAGGUUUGCCAGGACGAGGAAAGAGGUUACUGAAGAAGAUUCACCCGAAAUAAAGUCGAAAAACAAGGAUGCACUGACAAGAAUAAUGAAAGCAGUGCAAAGUAUUCACAAAAAUCGGGCAAGUGACAAACGACCUCCUAUGGGCUGCUACCUUAAAAAUACAAGAUCUUUUGAACAAGAUUGAUCUUGAAGAAUUAGUAAACGACGGAGGUGAAAUCUUGGAUGAAGAUGAAGAGGACGAAGAUGAUGAAGAUGUAAGUAAUUAAUUACAAUAUAUUGUCCGUGAGUUUUUGCGUGUGUCACACGUAGUGUGGACGAAUCAAUACUGAAUUACAUGAUUUCGGUGUAGCAAGCAGAUGUCAGUACCCAUUGAUGUACAAAAGUGAAAAAAAACCCAUUAUUCAUUUGAACAUUCCCACUUUUUUUAUUUUCUUCCUCUUAACUAGCUUUACUCGCAUGGCUUUCGGUUAUAGCUAAACAUUAUUCUCCUUUAAGGACAUCUUAUAAAAGUGCCUUGGUGUGUGAAUGAAAGAGAACAGAAAGAGUUAAUGAAACCGAUUUUACUUCCUAGAAUCCUAACUUCAGACGUGCUAAGAAACACCAUACGAUGAACAGGAGUAACAUGUACUCUUCAGAAAAAGA